AAUUUAAUAACCGCCUCUAUCAGAGAGAAGUCGUUAUCUAUUUUUCCUUUUGCAUAAACCGACUCCGUCCCAACAACAGUGUAUGUUUAGCUCCCUUCCUCGUCGCCAUUUUGUCAAGAUCUAGGGUUUCAAUUUUCAAAUUGGGACCUUAUAUGUGACAAUCUUUGACAUUCUAUUCGUCUUUCUGUUGCAUUUAUCAACAAUUUAACCAUGGGGAAGGGUGAACCCACCGCCACCGCCACUUCUACCGCUGUUGAAUCGGAGGAGAACAUUUCCGAUUGCUUUAUCUGUUGCAUUUGUCUGGAUCUUUUAUUCAAACCCAUAGUGCUCUGUAAGGCAUUGCUUUACUACAUUUGCUUUGAGAAUAUCAAAUCAAAUGCAAAACUAAUGUCUUUUGUCCAUUUUCCUUUCAUUGCAGCUUGUGGUCAUGUUUCCUGUUUCUGGUGUGUCCAUAACUGCAUGAAUGGCGUACGAGCAUCCCAUUGUCCCAUUUGUAGGCGUCCAUAUAAUCACUUUCCAACCAUCUGUCAGAUUUUACACUUCUUGCUCCUCAAGAUGUAUCCGGUUGCAUACAAGAGAAGGGAAGAACAAACUCUAGUGGAAGAAAAAGAAAGGGGCUGUUUUUCACCGCAGCUCAAUUGCAGUGCAUGUGGAUCACAUGCCAAUCAAGAAUAUGAUCACCUGAAGGAUCCUGAACAUUCAUCAUCCAGUAGUUUGUACUCCAACUCAUGCUCAGAGUCUUGCUCCACCAGGACGGGAGAACCUAAUGGAAAUUGCAAGCAGGUAUCAGUUGCUGAUGUACAGUGCAUUGCGUGCAAGCAACUGCUUUUUCGUCCAGUUAUUCUUAACUGUGGCCAUGGGUAUUGUGAAAGUUGCAUAGUAGGUUCAUCUGAUGGGAUGCUUCGAUGUCAAGCUUGUCAAUCUCUGCACCCAAUUGGUUGCCCAAAAGUCUGUUUGGAUCUUGAUCACUUUGUGCAGGAACAUUUUCCUAGAGAGUAUGCCUUGAGAAGAGAAGCUGUUCAGCUUAAACAAGCACUUUCUGACAAUGAGAACCCUACCUAUUCUACAGGAGCUAGUAACAAAGAUUCUCUCUUGUCAUCAAUUCCAAAGGCAGAGCAUUUGCCACAGGUGGUGAACUCUCACUUGAAGGUCCAUUAUGGAGUUGGUUGCGAUUUUUGUGGGAUGUAUCCUAUCAUCGGGGAUAGAUAUCAAUGCAAAGAUUGUGUUGAGAAAAUUGGUUUUGACCUUUGUGGAGACUGCUAUAAUACUCGCUCCAAGCUUCCCGGGAGGUUCAAUCAGCAGCAUACGCCAGAACACAAGCUCAAGCUUGUCCCGCCGAGCUAUCCCACUUUAAUGUUGAGGCUAUUGAAUGAGCAUCUUGUCGAUGCUUCCUUAGCUAUUGUCAGCUAUGAUCCUUCAGAAGUUCCAGAAGAUGAAUAUCCCGACUCUCCUUUAUCUGCUGAUGCUGACGACAGUACACAAAACAGUUUGGUUGCUGCAGAUAUCACUGAGGGUGCAGAUAAUCCAAAUGAUACUGAAUCAGCAAAUUGAAUUUUCAUCUGA